AUGGCUAAAAAAAUUUCGAAGAGAAGCAGAGCUGCUCGAAGAGGAUUAAUUGAGGAAGCUACUGGUGAAGUAAAAGAGCUUGAAAGUGUCCCAAAAGUUAAUGAUGAUGUCAAAUCCUCUAUUAUUCGUACAACGAUCAAGAAUGAAAAUUUAUUGAAUAAAAAAAUGGAAAUGAAGCAACUAAGCAGGAUUAACAAGAAGAAAAAUAAUGCAAUAAAAUCAAAGAAAGACCGUUCAGCUAAGGUUGCAGGUAUCUUAGGUGAAAAGAUUGAGCAAAGUAUUUCUAGAGCAAAAUAUGUUCAGAAUUCUCGUAAGAGUGGAUGGGACUUGAUAAAUAAAGGUAUUAAGAUCAACCAUUCCGCUUCUAUUUUGACAACAGAAGAACCUUCUACUGAAGACAUUGAAAGGGCUGAAGAAGAUGCCUAUGUAGCUGAAUUUUUUGCUGAUUCCAAUAAAGCUACCUCAACCAAUACUAAGGCUUCCAGCCAGAAGAAUACUAAUGCUUUCUCUCUCUUGGAAGAAACAGAAGCUUGA